UGACAAAGUUUAAAGAAAAUAACAAAAGAUUAUAUGCUAUGGGUUUUAAUGGGGUUUGGGAGAAAAGUAAAAUAUCAGAGGCCACAUAAACUUGUGGUCUAGAAUCAAACCAAAAUGCUGACCUGGCAUCCACUUCACUUUUUAAAACGUAUCAAAAUCCCAAAUCUCACGAUUUCCAAACCAAAAAUUUCCAAACUACCCAAACCCCCCACAAAACAUCUUCGAAGAGAAACAAAAAAAAACACCCUGAAAAGAAAGGAAAAGAGACACAGAGAGUCAGAAACUUACGAGUAAAAAAGAGCACAUCUUAGGAAAACGAUAAUAAUGCUGGAAACUAAAGAUCCUGCGAUAAAGCUCUUUGGUAUGAAAAUUCCUUUCCCGACGGUUUUAGAGGUUGCUGAUGAAGAAGAAGAAAAGAACCAAAACAAGACAUUAACUGAUCAAUCGGAGAAAGACAAAACCCUAAAGAAACCAACCAAGAUUCUUCCAUGUCCAAGAUGCAACAGCAUGGAGACUAAGUUCUGUUACUACAACAACUACAACGUAAACCAACCUCGCCAUUUUUGUAAAGCUUGUCAGAGAUAUUGGACCUCAGGUGGGACCAUGAGAAGUGUUCCAAUCGGAGCAGGACGGCGCAAGAACAAGAACAACUCACCAACUUCACAUUACCACCAUGUGACUAUCUCCGAAACAAAUGGUCCGGUCCUUAGUUUCAGCCUCGGAGAUGAUCAAAAGGUCUCGAGUAAUAGGUUUGGUAAUCAAAAGCUAGUUGCUAGGAUAGAGAACAAUGACGAGCGCUCUAAUAACAACACUUCGAACGGUUUGAAUUGUUUUCCGGGAGUUUCGUGGCCGUACACGUGGAAUCCUGCGUUUUACCCGGUUUACCCUUAUUGGAGCAUGCCAGUGUUGUCUUCUCCGGUAAGUUCAAGUCCUACUUCUACUCUUGGUAAGCAUUCGAGAGACGAAGACGAGACGGUGAAGCAAAAACAGAGGAAUGGAUCUGUAUUGGUUCCAAAGACUUUGAGAAUUGAUGAUCCUAAUGAAGCUGCAAAGAGUUCGAUAUGGACAACACUUGGGAUCAAGAACGAAGUUAUGUUCAAUGGGUUUGGUUCGAAGAAAGAGGUUAAGCUCAGUAACAAAGAAGAAACAGAGACCUCACUUGUUCUUUGUGCAAACCCUGCUGCGUUAUCAAGAUCAAUCAAUUUCCAUGAGCAGAUGUGAUUGUAUACAUAUGAUAUAUACGUGUAUGUAUGUAUAGAUGUGGUGGAAGAUUAAGUUAGAUCCAUCAAAAUCUGACUUUUUUGUUCUUUCGUUGUGGCUUACAUGAAGCUUUAUAAUAGCUUUUGUACCAUAUACUUUUUAGUCUUUUAAGUUUGAUUUUUGUUGUAAGAUUAAAUACGAUGAAAUAAAAGUUCUUUUUGACCGU